GUUUCCCAGGAGCUGGAGGAGGCAGGGCCAGGCCAGCCCGGCUGGGGCUGCCAUUGGCGGCGCCAGGCACGUGAGCCACAUUGGAAUGCUAAUGAAUUAUGGCAUUUUUCUCCCUGCUCGGCUGUCUGACGGGGAGAGGCAGCAGGAGAGCAGGGCACCGCCAGGCGCCCACUGGUAGGCGACGAGGUGUGAGAGCCAGGGAGCAGCUGCAGGCCCGGGCGCCCUGGCUCAGGCUGAGCUCCGCUGGCUUGAGGCCCCUGGCCUAGGGGAGCCCAGCCGGAGCCCCCCCACACACAAGCACCUUCAGCUUAACCCUUCGGAGGCCAGACUGUCAUGGCUGGUGGGAGCAGCGCGCUAAGCUGCUUGGCACAUGCCCUGCACACGUGCAGGCGGCAGCUCUAACCUGACCAGAAUCCCCUUUCCCACCACCUCGGGCUUUGUAUUUCCUUCUUCCUGCCCCAAUUGGUGCCCAGGACCGUUACCAUGGAGAAUGAGCAGCUGCAGGUCCCACCUCCCUCCAGCAGCACCAGCACCGCCAGCAGCAGCAACGGGCGCCAGCCGGGGCCCCAGAUCUCUGUGUACAGUGGGAUCCCAGACCGCCAGACCGUCCAGGUGAUCCAGCAGGCCCUGCAGCGGCAGCCCAGCACUGCGGCGCAGUACCUGCAGCAGAUGUACGCGGCCCAGCAGCAGCACCUCAUGCUGCAGACGGCCGCUCUGCAGCAGCAGCACCUCGGCAGCGCCCAGCUCCAGAGCCUGGCGGCCGUGCAACAGGCGAGUCUGGCUGCUAACAGGCAGAGCGGCUCCUCCAGCAGCAAUGCCCCUUCACAGACGCCAUCCCAGCAGCCCACGAUAAACCUGGCCACGUCCCCUGCCGCCGCCCAGCUGAUCAACCGAGCUCAGAGCGUGAACUCUGCAGCCGCCUCAGGCAUCGCCCAGCAGGCUGUGCUCCUGGGGAAUGCCACCUCCCCCGCCCUGACGGCCAGCCAGGCCCAGAUGUACCUCCGGGCCCAGAUGCUCAUCUUCACUCCUACGGCCACAGUCACCGCGGUGCAGCCCGAGGGCAGUGCAGCCCCCACCUCCCAGCCAUCCACCACCACUGCUCAGGUCCAGAAUUUGGCCAUAAGAGCCCAGCAGACAGUAGCACAAGGAGUGGCUUCCUCCCAAGCCCAGCAACUCCCCACCCUGGCCAUGAAGCCAGCUCUAAGCAGCAGCCAGCCGGCUUCCAACACUUCUCAGGGCAAGGCCGCGGGGCCGGCUCCCUCUGCAGCCGCCAAGGGCAGCCAGGCUGAGCAGGCAGCAGAGCACCUUAAAAAGGGAGAUGGCAGCGUGCCCACCAGCAUGGACAACCGAGGGCACCCCAUGAGCCGGACAGUGACACCGGUGACCACCCACCCACUCAUUGCCCCAGCGUAUGCCCAGCUGCAGCCCCACCAGCUCAUUCAGCAGCAGAAGCAGAUCCAGCACCAGUUUGUGAUCCAGCAGCAGCAGCUCCAGCCCAGGUCUCAGCCUCAGCUCAUCCAGGGCGGUGCCAACACCUCACCCCAGCUGCAACCACUGCCCCCGCCCACACCUAGCCUGGCGGUGCAGCCCAGCCUGCAGGUGCAGGGCCAGAGCCAUACCGCCCCACAGGGCCCAGCCCCUCUGUCCCACCCACCGCAGUGCCAGGCUUCCAGUCAACACAAACAGAGUGCCAACCAGCCAUACCAGCCUGCUCUGCAUGCCCCUGGGCUCCAAGCCGUGGGCCCAGCCCAGCCAGCGCCUGAGGGCGGGCCUCAGAACGGACACCCCGGGUGCCUGAACCAUGCCACACAGCGCAAGUUCCAGCAUGCCUCUGCCGUGAUCCUGCAGCUCCAGCCAGCCAUCGGGACGCCUCAGCUCAGCAUCCAGGAGAAUGCCAGGAAAGAUGGCCUUCCUGCUGAUAAGAAUCCAGAAAGUCUGCCAGCUCAGCUGCCUCCGCCACCGCAGGCUGCCCUGAUGCCCCCAGCUGCACCCCCGGACCCAGAGGUCUCUGAGGGCAACAGGCCCCCUACUCAUGAGCCGGGACAGGACCGUGUUCAUGUGCAGAACGACCCCAGCAGCCCCGGUAUGACAUCAGGGAACGGAAACUCUGCCUCUACUGUUGCUGGCACUGCCCCCCAGAAUGGUGAGAAUAAACCACCACAGGCCAUUGUGAAACCACAAGUCCUGACGCAUGUUAUCGAAGGGUUUGUGAUCCAGGAGGGGGCAGAGCCGUUCCCGGUGGGGCGCUCUUCACUGCUCGUGGGGAAUCUCAAGAAGAAGUAUGCCCAGGGCCUUUUGGCUGAGAAACUCCCACAGCAGGAUAAUACAACCACCACUGACUCUGAAAUGGAGGAGCCCUAUCUGCAAGAAUCCAAAGAGGAGGGGAACCCCCCGAAGCUGAAGUGCGAGCUCUGCGGCCGUGUUGACUUCGCCUACAAGUUCAAGAGGUCCAAACGCUUCUGCUCCAUGGCCUGUGCCAAGAGGUACAACGUGGGGUGCACGAAGCGGGUGGGGCUCUUCCACCCUGACCGCAGCAAGCUCCAGAAACCGGGGGCGACCGCACACGGGCGCCGCCGCACCUGCAAGGGAGCCUUACCUGUCCUCAGCAAGGACACCAAGAAACAGACGCCGGUGUCCCUCUCCACGGGCUCGGUGCCGCUUUCCGUCACAGCCUCGCUCCAGCUCAACCGCAGCCAGGAGGAUUCCAGCCGCUGCUCCGAUAACUCGAGCUACGAGGAGCCACUGUCACCCCUCUCAGCCAGCUCGUCCACCUCACGCCGGCGGCAGGGCGAGCGUGACCUGGAGCUGCCUGACAUGCACAUGCGGGACCUUGUGGGCAUUGGGCACCACUUCCUGCCCAGCGAGCCCACCAAGUGGAAUGUGGAGGAUGUCUAUGAAUUCAUCCGCUCCUUGCCAGGGUGCCAGGAGAUCGCGGAGGAGUUUCGUGCCCAGGAGAUCGACGGGCAGGCCCUGCUGCUGCUGAAGGAGGAUCACCUCAUGAGCGCCAUGAACAUCAAGCUGGGCCCAGCACUGAAGAUCUACGCCCGCAUCAGCAUGCUCAAGGACUCCUAGAGGCGCCCGCGUGCAUGGCACGGGCAGCCCCCUGGCCACACCCACGCAGGGCAGAGGCACCUGCCCACGGAAGCCCUUUGGGAACAGGCUGUAGCUGUGGAUAGGAGCUGGGGGACAACACUGGGCCCAUGAGCUCCCUGCUGCCCGGAGCACAAAGGGCCCCUGAAUCCCACAGCUGGGGUCUGAUGCCUGGAUACCUCUGUCAUCCCACCUCUUUGCCGGGGCAGGAGGCUAUGGUUUGAGGACUAUACAUAUUCUGUAGCAUUAGUUUCCCCUCCUGCUGUCCCAGACUGCCCUGCAGUGCACAGGGGAGAGGGGAUCCUGGCUGCAGGGCAGGAUGGGGCUGUUCAAGGGGCAGUGGCCCCCAUGGCCAGGUGCUGGCUGGCAGUAGGCAGGGCUGGGCUGAUUCCCCUCUACCCACCUAGCUGUGUGACCUACAGGAGCACCACUCCCCUCUCCAGCCCCUUUGGCACCCCCUGUUCACCCCCCAGAACUGCAGACUUGCCACCCCCUGGAGAGGUUGAGGGGUUCAUGCUGGACCCAACCCCUACUCUCAAUGCCAAACAGGACGGUUGCCUUAAAGUUGUGUGGUUGUGGUGCCAGGCAUGGCUCCCCCCUCUUUCCCCCAGGGCAGGCUGCCAGUUCCUGGGCCCCCGUUUGUGCUCCCAGCCUGCGGCCAAAGCUGCUGAGGGUGGCAGCGUAUCCUGUGGCUCAGACUGUUAACUCAGAAGCCAGCGUGUCCCACUGGUGAUGGCUCCUGGGCGGUGGGGGCCCUGCUCCUGGGACAGCACAAUGGGGAGCAGGCUCCUGGCUGGCUGUGUGGGGGCAAGAGUGCCCCGUGCCCCUUGGCAGGGGGAUGCAUUGGAGUAGGGCCUGCUGUGUUCCCUGGGCCUGGGCACCGCUGGCCCCAGUGCCCCAAGAGCAUCCGUCCCUGUGCUGGGCGGGGGGGGCUGUCCCUCCAGGCUACUGGGGCCAGUGUAGCUGGCUCAUGCCAAUAGAGCAACCCCCAUGCUGGCUUGGGGGGCAUCUGCACAGGCCUCCCUGGGGCUUCCCUUGGCACCUGUCCUCAGGCUGCCAUAAUACUGCCAAGGCUGCCUGCAUGCAGCGGGGUGGGGGGCUCCAAGCCCCACUGAGAAUCAUUCCUUUCCUAAGAGGGGGAGAGAUGUAGCUCUGUUCUCCCCUCCCUACUGCAGAGCUGCUGGCUGCAAGUGUCCCCCAGCACCUAGGGAGCCACUCCUGGCUCUAGACUGAGGGAGGCUGGGCUGGGAAGGUCUUUUUAAACCCCUUUUUUUUCCCCUGGUUUUUAAUAAACAUUACAAAAAACCCCCACAAA